GCGGAAAGUUUUCUCCCUCGCAUCCUGUUCGAAUUUAAAAAAAAUACGGAGUAUUCCGUAACAGGCAAUCAGGCAUACCAUCCCCCGAUCUCUCUCUGUCCUCUCUAAAUUCUCUUCUAGCCAAAUCAAAAGCUUAGCUAUAUCGAGGGUUUCUAUUGUUCCCGUACAUCCGAAUUCGCUUGCUAUGGUCUGGUUUUGGCCUGUUAUCGGAGGAGGACGAGAUAACUGCCUACCUCUCGUAACCGCUAUCAGGAUACUCAUUGCGGCGGCGCUCUCGGCAACGAUGAGCUGUUUCUUCAGCUGCUUUCGGGUUGCCAGUAGAGACGAUUCUCCUACGCCUGAUGGAUCCCACUAUCCAUCCAUCUCCAGUCAUGCAACUGCGGUGCCAUGCAAUUGGAGUCAGUUUUCUUCAUUAUUCAUCUUUGAUGAGAAAGAAAAUCAGCAUGGGGUGGAGGCCAGGGAAAAGGUGAAACAUGACAAAGUGAUUCCUGCGCAUGACCUGGACAUUACAGAGCUCAAGGAUCAGGCAAAAUUUCUCAAAGCUUGUGGGGCGUUACUGGACAUCCCUUUUGAUAUUAAAAUAUUUUCAAAGGAUUGUGGAGAUUCAUCAUCAUCUGACGUACCUUUUGAUAAUCAUAACCUGGUUUUACAGCCUCAUCAACCCGUGACUCCUUCCAAAAUUCAUGAUGAAUUUGCAGAGGGAUCAGUUUCUGCUACCGCCCUUACUCCUAUCAGCAGCUGUAGGAAUGAUGGAGAGAAAAGCAUAGAGAUUAAUGCCAAUCAAAGUGAUGGUUAUAUAAAUCCAUUAGUUUCACCUGCAACUCUUCCCAGUUCAACACGCAUCAAUAAAUCUGUUCGUUUCGAAGUUGACUCGUAUCCUUCAGUUUCGGCAAAGGCAUUUUCAUCCAAAUUUGGCCGUCUGAAAUCCCAUUUUUCACCCUUCCCUACCCCCUUGAAACUGACAGAUGACAUGCAAACUCCUGGCACUAUAUUCCCAGCACGCGCUAACAGUAUGGCAAAUGGAAAAGUUUCUAAUGUCAGGUACCAAUAUGUGGUUUCUACCAGAAACCUGGCAGAUAAAGAAUCUCAAAUGAAGGAAUUGGUGGAUAAUGGGUCUACGUCCAAUGAAAACUCUACUUCAAUGGAAAUAAACCUUAACUCAGGGAUCGACAGAGAAAUCACCACAUCAAAGAAGGAAUUGAAGUUGGAAACAAGUCAGCCUUCUUGGCAGAAACCACCUUUUAACCAAGAAGAUAAUAACGAUUUACAUUCAGGUGGAAUCGUUCGUCUUAGCGGAACUCCAGGCGAUGGGAGUCCUAUACUUGGGAUGGUUUCUUCUGCUCACUGGUAUGAUAAUGACACUUCAAACGUCUCACCUGAGUGGCAGGGCAUAAAUGGAAUUCCAAAUACGACUACCAAGUACAACGAGGAUCAGAAAAUUACUUGGCAUUCAACGCCUUUUGAGGAGAGAUUAGAGAAGGCACUAUAUGAUGAAACGCUUGUGUUACGGAGGAAGCAAUUAAGUGGUGGUGGUGGACAACCAAUCAGUUUAAGUGAGAACGAAGGUUCAUGACCGGCCUUCUGGAAAGCUGGCUUCAACUGUUUUCAACUCAGGUUGGGGUUUUCCCUCCCUUCCAAUUCCGUUUGAAAUACAGCAAGAGAAAAUGCAUAUUUCUUUUCGCAGUAGCUCUUUGAUACGCCCGCCUUCUCCAGUGGCAGAGCCCAACCAUCUUGUCAGUCCAGAUUAUAUCAAUUUCUAUCAAUCUUGUAUAAAUUGUAAUCAUGGUUGAAGAUGUUCACUUUUAUCUCGAUCAACUAGUUUCUUAGAUGCGUUUCUUAGAUAAGCGUUGCGCAAUUGAAUAAAUGUUCAAUCAUUUUCUUUUGAAAUAUGUACACCAGAUGUGGAUUUGAUAUGAUAACUUUUACUCCCUCCGUCCCACUAACAAUGAGACAAGAGAGCGUGACACAUAAACUA